AUGGGAUUCAAACUUCAAGCCGCCGGUCCAGGGGCGAUUGUCUCCAUCGUCCUCUUAAGCAUGGUUUUAGUAAUCCGAAUCACCGGAUUUUUUGUUUUGCAAUACGGUCGCUGGAAGUACCAGCACUUCGAGGGACGCCUAAACGGGUCAAAAAAGAUUUCUGUAAUCUUCACGAUCCGGAACUCGAAGGAUCCCAAUCUGAUUGACUAUGUUUGGGCUAUCCUUAAGAACAAACCUGAGCAGCUCCUGAUAACUACUAACAACAGAAAGGCUCAGCACAGGGUAGACGGUAAGUUGCAAGGGUUGAGAUUUGCGUACUCUGAUACAAAGAUUAGUGUUGGUGCUGUCAACGAGCCGAAUAGACGUCGCGAGAUCGCCCAUGCUUUGGACUCAGUUAACACUCCGUUUACUGUUCUGACUGAUCAGGGAGUUCAUUGGCCUGAGGGAUUCCUCAAGUCGGCAAUGACCCCCUGUGAAAAUCAUCGUGUUGGCUGCGUCACAGUUCCUAUGAUGGCACGCAAGCGAGAUGGAAUCUGGGGCUCGGCUCUUAACGCUCUCGAUUCCUCUAUACUUUUCACAGGAUCGCCUAUCAUAUUCCGCACCAAGUUGACUGCCCAGCCAAGAUUCAAGCAGCAGUUCGAGGUUGAGCCGUGCUUGAACCGACGGCAUGGUGUCCAUAAAGCAGAUGAGUAUCUGUUCUUCAACCGAUACUUGCUUCAGGAAGAGGCUCCGCGCGAAGAACCUUGUCUUGUUAUAUUCCAAGACACGCCGGAAGCCACUGUUCUUGUGGACCGACCUUCUAUCGCCGAGUUUAUUAGUGAGUACCUUCGGAUGACACGCAAUCUUUGGCGGCUUAGCCGUGUGAUGAUUCGUGGGAAGGAGCGCAACCAGUACCCCUGUGCCUUUUUACUGACGCAUCUCAGCAGUUUUGUGUCGUUUCCCCUGAUGUACGAGAUUCUCUUCUUUCUUCUCGUACACUUCACAGUCCAUCUUGGCGACGACGAGUGGGCGGCUUGGAUCAUAUUUGGAUAUUCACUUACCUUCUUCCUGACGGUUGUGGGGGCACAGAUAAUUCGGCGUUUCGUUGUAGGCGGUGACUACGGCUUUGGCAUAGUGACACCUAACAUGGCUGUUUUGGUAGGUUACCCAGCCUACUAUAUCCUUGGGCUCCUCAGGCUUGUGGCACUGGCCACCGCAUGCAAGGCCGACAUUGAACUAAUCAGCGAGGAUGAAAUUAAAGUGAGAGUGGGCGACCCUGAGGCUCUGCGAUAUUCCGUUCACGGCGCUGAGGAGGCUCGAACGGACAUCGACGAACCGCCGUGGAUACCGGAAUGUAUGGAGUUGGAGAGGCCCCGGCGUGUGCUUCGACCACUGCGUGACUUCCCACUGUACGUCAUUGAGGAGUAG